AUGGCCUCGGCCUACAGUGAGACGGGAACUGCGGUCGCGUGUAUUUUCUUCCUGGUGACAGUCUGGGUCUCGUCAGCCCUGCGCGUGUAUGUGCGCGUGAGCUAUGGCAAAGGGCCCUUCCUUGAUGAUCUCCUCGCAGUCCUCGCAGCAAUCCUUUUCACCGUCUACACCAUCAUCUUCAUCUACUACCAGAUCAACAACAUCACCCCCUUUGAUGUCUCCGCAAAGCCCACCGGCGGCCAAUCACAGACUCCUCUACCCCCGUCCCAUGAGCGAGAAGUUACCCACCGCAACCUCUUCAUCUGCGACCUCCUCUACACCUUUGGCACAUACACCAUCAAGCUCUCCUUCACCGUAAUGCUCCUGCGUCUCGUGCAGACGCGCCGCCAAUUCUGGGUCCUCGCCGUCACCAUCAUCUCCGGCGCCAUACUCACCGUCGCGUCGAUCAUCCACGAUCUGCUCUUUUGUCGGCCGAUCGAGUACCAGUGGACGCGGUUCGGCCAUCCAGAUGCCAAGGGACACUGCGAUGCGUUUUGGACCCGGGCGGUCAUUACCCUCAUCCACGGGGCGUGGGUCAUGCUUGCGGAUAUUACCUUGGGAAUUAUUGUCCCGCUCAUGCUUCUGUGGAACAUACGCAUGCAUCCGCGGACGAAGCUUUCGAUCAGGCUUUUGCUAGGACUGGGUUCGUUAGCAAGUAUCGCAACCAUCAUCCGCCUGGCCUACCUAGGCCUCGCCACAGACCCAACGGUAACCUGGGCCAUCGUCCCCAUGGCCUUCUGGUCGAUCAUCGAGCAAGGCGUGAGCAUCACAUGCAUCGCGAUCGCGACGCUGAAACCGCUCUUCGUGCGGAUCGGGGUCGUCGAUCCGCGUGAUCAGUCUCCCGUCCGCUUACCGACGAGCGAUGUCUUUGGGCAGGGGGAUGUGGAGAAUAUGGCAAUGCAGGACUCGAUGAAUUCGGGGUCGCAUGGGGCGCAGAGUGGGGUGAGUGCCGGUGGGAGUCUGGGGUCUGGGGAGUGGGGUGCAGGUGGGAAUGGGAAUGGGACGGCGACGCUUUUGGCGAGCAAGAGGGGGUGGAGGGAGAAGGUGAUGGUUAAGGUGAGGAGUAUGAGUGGUGGGGGACAGGGGAACGGCAAUGUGAAUGGGAAUCGGAAUUGGAAUCCAUGA